AUGCCGAAGUUUGCAAAAUUUUUAAAGGGAAUUUUAUCUAACAGAAGGCAGAAGGACGACUUCGAGACUGUAGCAUUAAUAGAGAAUUACAGCGCUCUCCUUAUGGUAAAUUCUCCACCAAAGCUUCAGGACCCAGGAAGCUUCUACAUAUCAUGUAAAAUUUGUUCUGAACUCAUACCGAGAGCUUUCUGUGACUUGGGGGCUAGCGUUAGCCUACUUCCAUACUCUUUAUACAAGAAGUUGUGCCUCCAGAACAUUAAAGUGACCACUAUGAUAUUGCAAUUAGCUGACCAUUCAUGCAGAUACCCAAUGGGAAUAGUGGAAGAUGUGCCAGUUGAAGUGGGUGGAUGUAUAGUUCCCACAGAUUUCAUUAUCUUAGAUAUGGAGGAAGACCCUAAGAUACUGAUUAUCCUUGGAAGACCAUUCCUUUCCACAGCUGGAGCCAUCAUCGAUGAUGUGCAUAGCCUCCACGAGCUGGCCAUGAGCGUUUUCAUGGGCGUGGCGGCGAUGGAGGAGCCGAAAUGA